AUGAUUCUGCUCUCCCAAGUGGCUGCCUUUGCUCUUUCCUUGGCCUAUGUUCCGCUGAUGGUCAUGUGGGGCAAGUUCACACCGAAGAAGGAGAUGUCCUUCUGGAGCGUCCUCACUCAAUGUGCCCGUCAGGGGGGCUUUCUGGUUGGCCCUGCGGUCUUUGCGCUGCUUAGUCUUGCGGUCAAGCGGUCGCAACCGAUGGCGCCUCCAUCGCUCAUGGCUUGGGUCUUGUUGGCACAGGCGAUGUUUGGACUCCUCUCAGCACUGGUGAAUUCCAUGAUCCUUCCGCUGGCGGUCUCGGGCGUCUCUCCGCCCGACGACGACACGGAGGACACGCUCUUCUCGCCCAACGCGGUGGACACCGAGCGGGUCGAGCUGCCGGUGGAGUGUUUGGAGCUCUCGAAACGCCAAAAGGUGGUUCAGGGCAUGCUCUUCUACGCCUUCGAGCGACAGUUCGUGGUCACCAGCAUUGAGGUGAGUACCAUCAUGCUGCUUGAGGUCUCAUACCACUGGUCUGUGGAGCUCAGUGGCACCAUCUUCACUGCGGUGUCGACAAGCAGUUUGUCUUUUGUUUUCAUCUCCUCUGCGCUGAUGUCGAAGCAGGUCUUUCAGGAGUCCAUGGUCUUCAUGGCCUGCAACUGCAUUGCUCUACUCGGAGUGAUCUUUCUCUUCGACUUCCGGCAACUGGGGGCUUUUGGCCUUUUGCUGGCAGACGCCUUGGUCUACGGCUGCGCCACCGUGUCUAACGGCCUGGCGGAGGGCUGGGCCUCGCGCGCGGCCGAGGAGAAGACGGACUUCAGCACCGAGGUCUACCGCACUUGGAACAUGGCGCUGGUGUGUGGCGCCCGGUCUUUGGCGCCCACGGUGGCACGGAGCCUGCUGGACUACGGGGGGCGGAACGUCUAUGCGGCGCUGCAGCUGGUCAUGGUCGCUCUGGGCACCCUCACUGUCUACAAAACUGUGGCAUUGGUGUGGGAGUUGAAUUCGGCGCCCUUGAACCACAAGAAGCCAGCUGAGAAGCUGAGUUGA